AUGGGACGUAGGAUACGUGUACAACGUAAAGGACCGGGAGGCAUUUUUAAAGCUCAUAAUAAACACCGAAAAGGAGCAGCGAAGUUACGACCGGUUGACUAUGCGGAACGACAUGGUUAUAUAAAGGGGGUAGUGAAAACUAUUAUGCACGAUCCAGGACGUGGAGCACCUCUGGCACUCAUCGAAUUUCGCGAUCCUUAUCGAUAUAAAAUUCUGAAGAGUAUAAUGAUUGCCGCGGAAGGGAUGCAUACUGGGCAAUUCAUUUACUGUGGGCGAAAAGCUCAAGUGCAAAUUGGUAACAUACUGCCGCUUUCCGAAUUACCUGAAGGAACUACUGUAUGCAAUUUAGAAGAAAAAACUGGUGAUCGCGGUCGUCUUGCGCGCACUUCGGGAAACUAUGCUACUGUUGUUGCACACAAUCCAGAGACUAAGAAAACUCGUGUGCGUUUACCUUCUGGUGCAAAGAAGGUCUUGGAUUCUUCAAAUAGAGCGAUGAUUGGUAUUGUCGCUGGUGGUGGAAGAACAGACAAACCACUGCUGAAGGCUGGAAAUGCAUACCACAAAUACAAGGCUAAACGCAAUUGCUGGCCAACGGUACGUGGUGUUGCAAUGAACCCUGUAGAGCAUCCUCAUGGUGGUGGUAAUCACCAGCAUAUUGGACAUCCAUCAACCGUGAAACGUGGAACAAGUGCUGGACGUAAAGUAGGUCUUAUUGCGGCACGUAGGACGGGCAGAAUUCGUGGUGGCAAGCCAGAGAAGCAUGGAAAGGAUGAAGCGGUUUAA